GUGUACAAAUGUUUAGAGAUGACUUCAGCUUUCUCAAGCUGUGCCUUGAUUUCUUGAACCAGGAAGUAGAGAACAUUGAUGACGUGAAUGACUAUGACAACAGGUGCAUGCGGGGGUACUUCUCGCACCUGCAGAACGGCUGUGAGGCGAAGCUCAUCCUGCCCCAAGGAGUACGACCUGUGCAACAGUUGCGGGAGGAGGCGCGGUCUGGGGGUAAUGUCCUGUAUUUUGUAGGCUUCAUCGGGAACCGGUGGAAAGACGUUGGUGAGAGUAGUUUGAAGGAUCUGUGGGAGAUGGACGACUGUUUAUUGGGUCAGCUGAGGAACCACGAGGACAUCGUAGCGGUGAGCAGUGGCGAGCGAACCCCCGGGGUGACUGGGGAAACCUGGUCAUUUUCCGCGACCCUUCGGCGGUGGAGAAAUGGCGCAAUGCCAAGUUUCACGAUAAAGCAGUCAGAGACAUUUCCCCACAAAUCUACACAUCUGUGAGGAUACACCGGGGAGCGUUACCCCACGGACUCGCUUCAGACAGG